UAUUUAGACGCCUCUUUACUCUUUAGUCUCUCCUUCUCGCCACUCACUCAUCGUCUUCAAGCCCGGCCGGCAUCACCAAUGGUGUUCGUGAAAUCCCAGAAGUCGAAGGCUUACUUCAAGAGGUAUCAAGUGAAGUACAAGAGAAGGCGAGAUGGCAAGACUGAUUAUCGGGCGAGGAUCCGCCUGAUCAACCAAGACAAGAACAAGUACAACACUCCGAAGUAUCGGUUUGUUGUUAGAUUCACCAACAAAGACAUUGUUGCACAAAUUGUGUCAGCAACCAUAGCUGGUGAUGUUGUUCUUGCUGCUGCUUAUGCACAUGAGCUGCCUCGUUAUGGUCUUGAAGUUGGUCUUACCAAUUAUGCGGCCGCUUACUGCACUGGCCUUCUCUUGGCCCGUCGUGUGCUCAAGAUGUUGGAAAUGGAUUCCGAGUACGAGGGCAACACCGAGGCAACCGGAGAGGAUUUCUCCGUGGAACCAACCGAUACUAGGCGACCCUUCCGUGCUCUUCUUGACGUUGGACUUCUGAGGACCACGACAGGCAAUCGUAUCUUCGGUGCCCUCAAGGGUGCUUUGGAUGGAGGACUCGACAUCCCCCACAGCGACAAGAGAUUCGCGGGUUUCAACAAAGAAACCAAACAACUUGAUGCCGAAACCCACCGAAACUACAUCUUCGGUGGCCAUGUUGGGAGUUACAUGAAGCUCAUGAUGGAAGAUGAGCCAGAGAAAUACCAAUCUCACUUCAGUGAGUACGCAAAGAAAGGGAUCGAGGCCGAUAACCUAGAGGCCUUGUACAAAAAGGUCCAUGCUGCUAUUCGGGCAGACCCCACCUUGAAGAAAUCCGACAAGCCUGCUCCUACAGAACACAAGAGGUACAACUUGAAGAAACUCACUUACGAGGAGAGGAAGGCAAGAUUGAUCGAGAGAUUGAAGGCGUUGAACUCUGGAGCUGGAGCUGGUGAUGACGAUGAUGAUGAUGAAGAUGACGAGUAAAUCGAUCAAACCUUCAUCUUGGUUUCGGUUGUAGUUUUCUUCUCUAUCUCAAGAACUGUGACAAGUUCUUCCCAUUUCAGACACAAAAAGGACAGUUCUUUUUUGUUGUUUCACAUUUUUUGGCUUAUGGAGGAUUACAUGUAAGACGUUAACGGUUUUGUUUGUAAUCCAUUUGACUAUUUCCUAUUCUCUAAUAGAUUAUAGAAGCUUAAAAACAUA